AUGGCCAACGUUAACGAACAUAAUGUAUACUUUGGCCCGGAUGCGCUCAAGAAAUACUUUGAUCCCGACUGCCAGCCUCCUUUGCCGCUGGUGGAGCUGCCCGAGCGAUUGAAUCCAUAUCACCAGGAUGGCGUACGGAUCUAUGCAAAAAUGAUGACCAUGCACCCGGCAAACAAUGUGAAAGCCAUGCCAGCGAUGAAUAUGCUUGAGUCCACUGUGGUGCCGGGCAGGACGAAGACAAUUGUCGAAUACAGCUCGGGAUCCACCGUGAUUUCAAUGUCUAUGAUCGCUCGUGUGAUGCACGGCAUUGGCGACACACGGGCCUUCUUGAGUAACAAGACCAGCGAGGCCAAGCUACGACUGAUGCAGUUUUUUGGCCUUGGCAUCACUCUGUUCGGUGGCCCGUCUCAACCCGAGCCAUAUGACGAGCGCGGGGGUAUCCAGAUUGCCCGGGCAAUGGCAACGCGGUCUGAUGAUAUUGUUAACCCAAACCAGUAUGAGAACGAUGAUAACUGGCAUGCACACAUCCGCUGGACUGGCCCCCAGAUACUCAAGCAACUCCCGGAGAUCAAUGUCAUUUGUGCGGGUAUGGGCACAUCCGGAACAAUGACCGGACUGGGGACUUACUUCAAAGGGGCCAAGCCGUCUGUGCUACGGCUUGGUGUAUGCACUGCACCAGGGGACCGAGUCCCAGGACCACGGUCAUUUGCCCUAAUGAAGCCAGUGGAGUUCCCCUGGAAGGAUGCGCUGGAUGCUCUGGAAGAAGUCAAUUCGCAUGACUCAUACUCCUUAUCCUUGAACUUGUGUCGGGAUGGGAUCGUCUGUGGGCCGUCAUCCGGGUUUAAUUUGAAGGGCCUCUUUCAGAUGCUAGAGAAACGGAAACAUGCCGGUACGCUGUCACAAUUGGUGGGACCAGAUGGCUCCGUUCACUGCGUCUUCCUCUGUUGCGACCUGCCAUAUCAAUACAUUGGCGAGUAUUUUGAGAAGCUAGGCCCCGAGAAGUUUCCUCCGGUUCAGAAUCAGAGGCUUGCUUGCGUUGAUCUCUACCGAUAUGAUGAGAGCUGGGAAAGAAGCCCCGUAGUUUUGUUCACCCAGUAUUAUGAAUCUCCCCGGUGCUUUUCACCGGACCUCUUGAGCGGCAUGGUGCUCCGACAUCUGUGCUACGUCUUGGACUUGAGAACAGCGGCGGACUUUGCCACUUGGAACCUUCCCGGAUCAGUGAGCAUUCCCCUGCAAAGCCUGGACUCUCAUACGCCCAAGCCGUUCACUGAGCCGGGCGUGUUGGAGGCGCAGUGGCUGGAGCUAGAAGCAUUGUUCAGCAACGAGGAAGUACUUGGUAAAUUGAACGCCCAUCAUGUCCUAGUGAUCUGUUACAAUGGAGACACGGCACGGGUAGCCACCAGCGUGCUGCGAGCCAAGGGGAUCAAAGCGGACAGUCUCCGGGGCGGAUAUCAAGCGCUCAAGGACCAUGUGCUGUGGGGCAACAAGAGCAACGAGAUGAUGCAUACUACUGGCAAAGUCCAAGCAGGAAACGAUGAGGCGGCGGCGGGAUUCUUCGCGGCGCUCCCGGUCACGGAUCCACACUAG